AUGGAGAACUCUUCCUACUUCAUGUAUUUCAUACUGUCUGCAUAUGGUGAAAUGGGCAACAUUAGGUAUCUUUUCUUCAGCAUUAUAAUCAUUAUGUACAUCAUGAUUGUUUUUGCAAACUCCCUUCUAAUAGCAUUGAUUAUUGUGGAAAAAAGCUUGCAUGAACCUAUGUAUUUCUUCAUGUGCAGUUUGUUUGUGAAUGAGCUAUAUGGAAGUACAAGUUUGUUCCCCUUAUUGCUGGUAAACAUGCUGUCUGAUGUUCAUGAAAUAUCCAGGUUUUACUGUGUCUUGCAGAUCUUUUGUGUGCACACAUAUGCAUCCAUUGAGUUUUCCAAUCUAGCUGUAAUGGCUUAUGACAGGUAUGUGUCCAUAUGUUAUCCUCUUCGGUAUAACAAUAUCAUGACUCCAACCACUGUGUACAUACUGAUUGCAUUUAUCUGGCUUUAUUCAUUUGGUAAAUUCUCUGUUACACUUUCUCUGACCAUGCAGCUACAAUUGUGUGGAAAUCGUAUUGAUAAAGUUGCUUGUGACAACUACUCAAUUGUCAGACUUGCCUGUGCAAACACACGCACAAAUAAUAUUUAUGGAUUAUUUACAAUAAUUUUGUCCUUAGGCCUCCCAGUGUUUCUUAUUAUUUACUCAUAUGCAGAAAUACUAAUCAUUUGCAUGAAAUCAUCGAAACAGUCUCGGCAGAAAGCUUUGAGCACCUGCACUCCCCACUUGCUAUCUCUUGUCAACUUCUCAUUUGGCUCUUUAUUUGAAACAUUGCAAAGCCGAUUUGAUAUGACUCAUGUUCCAUCUGUAAUCCGUAUCAUUCUGUCUAUAUAUUUUGUGAUGAUCUGCCCACUUUUUAGUCCUGUUAUAUAUGGGGCCAGGACUGCAAAAAUUAAGACAGCGUUUAAAAAGCUUCACACAAUGAAACCUUUCCCAGAAUGA